UUUAAAUAACUUUUAAUUAUUUAAUUUUAAUGCUUAACGUGUACACAACUGUGUUCGAUUCAAAGUGCCUUACAAGCUGUACACAAACAGCUUGAAAAUAUCAACAACCAACAAAAUCCAAUUGUGUAAUUUACAUGCAAAUGUCGUUGGUACCUGCUGGCCAACAACAGCAACACCUCAGCCAAAGCCCACAGCAGCAGCAACAGCAGCAGCGUGUCUUGCGUAUAGUUCCAAACACACAACGGCACGGAAAUGCCUUUGAAAUUCUUUAAAAAAUGUCGACAAUAUAAUGUGACGUCCAAAAAUUUAUUUGUUAUAAAUGUGCAUCAUUUGCUAGAUACCUCGAGCACCGUCGACUGCACCAUCAGCUCGGAGAGCAAGGGCCAGGAGUGCCUGGAUAAUGUGUGCCAGCGUCUGUAUAUCCAGCAGCCGGAAUUCUUUGGACUGCGCUACUUGGUCAAGGACAAGGAGGACGAAUACAAAUGGCUGGACCUGGAGCGUUCGCUCAGUCGCCAGCUGGUCAAAUAUGGAGCGGACAACAAGAUGUAUUUGCGUGUGCGCCAUUAUGUGACGACGGGUGUGCGGCAUCUGAACGACGAGGCGACACGCUUCUAUUACUUCCUCCAGCUGAAGAGCGACAUCUACGAGGGGCGCAUCGCCUGCGAUAUACGCACGGCCAUCCUGCUGGCGCUCUACUGCCGCCAGGCGGAGUAUGACAGCUAUCAGGGCGACAAGCAGUCCAAGGACUACCUGAAGAAGUCGCUGGUGCUGCCGCGCAAUAUGCAGGGCCUGGCCAACGACGACAGCAUGCUGGACGGCCUGAUCAUGGAGGUGCUGCAGCAGCAUGCGGGCCUGGCGCAUCUGAAUCAGAGCCAGGCGGAGGAGAUGUAUAUACAAUGCUGCCAGCAGCUGGAUGGCUAUGGCGAGGAGCGCUUCCCGGCCAAGGAUACGCUGGGCAAUGAUCUGCUGCUCGGCUUGGCUAUCAAUGGCAUGGUUGUGAAUGCGGACAACGGCAGACAGUAUUUCCCCUGGAAGGAGUUCCACACGGUGACCAUUGACAAGCGCACCAUCAAAAUCGAGCAGAACAAGCUCGACGGCGACGGCAGUAUUGUGGGCAGCUUCAUCUUCAGCGAGGCGGACAUUGCACGCUACUUCUGGAAGCUGUGCAUCAUGCAGCACAAGUUCUUCAAGCGCUACAUAGACACGGACACGCCCUCCAGCUUGGGCAGCAGCGUUGGCGCCGACAUGGAGAGCAGCAAUGGGCACACACUGGGUGGCGAUAGUGUGGGCUAUGUGGAGUACGAUUACGUGGCGGCCGCGGAGCAGCAACAGUUGCAGCAGCAGCAGCAGCAACAAUUGCAACAACAACAGCAGCAGCAACAGUUGCAGCAGCAUCAGCAACAACAACAACAGCAGCAGCAACAGCAGCUGCUCUCGUCCAAUAUUUCGCUGGCGGCCAGUCACAGCCAGCUGCUGGGCCAGAGCAGUAGCUGUUUGGAUUUGAGCAACAACAAUUUGCACAGCAGCAACAGCAUGUUGCAUCACAACAACAACAACAACGGCAACGGCAGCAACAACAACAACAGCAGCACGGACACACACGAACGGGAACGCCUCAAGGCCAUGCUGCCCACCUAUCGACCCGCACCGGACUACGAGACGGCCGUACAGCUCAAGUAUCGCACGCCCUCCGCCGAUCUGCACAAUGUGGCCCUGGCGCUGGCGACGCCCGGCAAUGCGGCCGCCUACUAUGCGGGCUCCCAGCCCGAUGUCCACAAUCCGGCCGUCUAUGGCGAGAGCCUGAUGUUUGGCCAUCAUUUGACGGCGGCGCACCGAUAUCCGGAUGUGGCGCAGCCGGCGGCUGCAUUGCACGCACAUCAUCAUCAUCUCAAUUUCUAUCAGACACAGCAACAGCAGCAGCAGCAGCCGGCUGCCUAUUUGGAGCUGUCGCAGCGCAUGCACAUGAUGCGGCACAAGGCGCCGCCGCCGUAUCCGGUGAAUCGGCUGAGCUCCUCGUCUACGCCGGAUUUGGCUGUGGCCACGCCGCGUUCGCUGCAGGGUUAUCGCAAUUAUGUGUCCGGCUCAUCGCCCGAUCUGGUGUCCAAUCGCAAUCUGCUUAACGGCGGCCAGUUUGUGGCCUUGGCCGGCGCUGCAGGCGGUGUCCAUGGCGCCGGCGGUAAUGUGCCCACAUCCUCGGGCGCCACAAUGCUGCAUCAGUAUCCGUACAUUGGCCACAUGGGCCACUCGCAACCGUAUCUGCCGCCACAUGGCACCUUCGAGAACCUCAACAUGAUCGAGGAGCAGCCGUCCAUUAUGUCCCAGCUGCGUCAGUCGGCGAUGAGUCAGGCCGCCGCCGCAGCAGCAGCCGUCCAGAGCUCACCCACUCUGCCGCCCAGCGGUUAUCGCAGCUCGGCACCACCGCCGGCGAGCAGUCCACAGCCGGCGGCUACGACGCCGACGCCUUUGCAGCGCAGCGCCAUGAACGGCUCCAUUGAGCCCAUCUAUGAGAAUGUGCCGCUGCCGCAACGUGCCAGCGGUGGCAGCGGCGGCGGCGGCAAUGCCAAUGCGGAUGCCAUGCGGCAACGGGCCUCCUCCAUACAAUCUGCGCCGCCGGGCGUGGCGCCCGUGCCCGCUGCACGGCAUGCCAACUCCAAUAAGAAGAACAACAGCAACAACAAUGUGGUUACGCUGACUGUCAAUGCUCAGGCGGACGAUGAGAUUACCAGGAAUAUUAAGAAAUACGGCGCCGAUCGUGCGGCCAGCACGGAGCUGCAGUUCCUGGAGCCACAGGCACCGCAGCGUGCGGCACGAGCCGCCAGCGCAGCGCCCGCCAUUGGUGCCACGGCGCCGCCGCGUCAGCAUCGCUCGUCGGCCAGCCUGAACAAGUCCACGGUGGAUGUGAUAUCGCCGGCGGGCGACUCGUUGUUGCAUCAGCAAUUCAGUGCCAUGAAUCUGUCAGCCAAUACAUCUGCGUCCACGUCUUCCAUGUUCAACUCCACGCUGGACACCACCGGCUCCUCGUCGGCCAGCAAGGAUGUGAAGCGUCGCCGGCGCUGGAACAUUUUGUCGCGCAGCAAAACGCCCGAUAAACAAAAGUCUGCCACGCUCGGCAGAGAGAAGGCCAGCACAGCCGCUCAACAUGCCAAGCUGGCAACGAAAAUGAAGCUGGCCCAGGACGAUCUCAAUCUGCCGCAUCGUUGGUCGACGGGUGUUAGCAAGCCGCAGCCCAUAUCGGGGCAGUAUUCAAAGGAUAAAUUGUGCCAGAUAUUGAACGAUAAACUGCAGGAUGCCCAGCUCUUUAUGGAGUUCGAGCGCAUACCGAAGAGACGUGAGCACGCGCAAUACGACUGUGCGCUGCUGGAGGAGAACGAACUUAAGAAUCAUGAUCCCAAUUUUCUGCCAUAUGAUGAUAACCGCGUGCGUCUGACGCCAUCAAUGGACAAUCGCCAUGGCUAUGUGAAUGCUUCAUAUAUAUCGGCCACCGUCGGCACGAAGCAGCGAUUUUAUAUUGUAGCCCAAUCACCGCAGGAGUCGCAAACGAUGCGCAUCUUCUGGCAGUGCGUGUGGGAGGCGGAUGUUUACCUGGUGGUGCAGCUGACGGAGGAUAUCAGCUACAUACCGCUCAGCAGUCAGGAGGGCAUGGAGUUUGGACAUUUCCAGGUGUAUCAGGAAUUCUCACAAACCACAGAUCGCUGCACCACAAGCAAAUUGCGUUUGUAUCAUGCACCAUCGCGUCGCUAUCGAUCCGUGUGGCAUCUGCAAUACGCUGACUGGGCGGAGCAGAAUUGUCCACGUGAUGUCAAUCACUUUCUCGACUUUCUUGAGGAACUCAAUUCGGUUAGAUUGGCAUCCACGCACGAGGUGCCACGUGGACACAACACAAAUCCGCCGGUGCUCAUACACUGCCUGGAAGGUGGCGGACGUUCGGGUGUUACACUGACGGCUGAUCUAUUACUCUAUACGCUGGAUCACAAUGAGGACUUGGACAUACCGCGCGUCAUUGGACAGCUGCGACAUCAGCGGGACAGCAUUAUACCAUCGCUAGCGCAAUAUAAGUUUAUAUAUAAUCUGCUCAUAACCUAUCUGAAGCGCACGCGGUUAAUCUAAACUAAAUCACUUGCUCCAAUAGUAUUUCUCAUUUAAGUUUAACCUUAUGAAUAACGAGAGAGAAAAGAAAACGAACAACUUUUGGGUAACCACAAAGACUUGGUUUCAUAUUUUUCAUGUAAUAAUAAGUACCACGAUUUUUCCAAUAUGGGGCAGCUAUAAACCACCAUACUAUGAUCAUUUUGUCAAAUUACUUUGUGAUCCUAAAUUUGUAUGCUUAAGAUUCAGAAUUUGUUACCAAAAUUUAAGCGCUCCACCCAAUGCAAAACAAAUUUUGUAUUAAUCAUAGUGCUUAGGUUUAAAGCCAAAUUAUUUAUACAUUCUUUUUAAUGAACCAAUUGAUAUGCAUAACGCAACGCAAAGCAAUAAAAA